CCUUUUACAUUGUUUGCUUUAUCUACAUUAUUGUCUUUCACAUGCAACGCAACCAAAGCCAUAAUAGUAACUUCCAGCUACGUUGAUUCCCUUAAACCCAGCUUAAACAGAAAACGUCACCGUCUUGUGUUCAGCACAAGUAAAACAGCAUCGUUUUAACUCUCUCAAUCAGCUUUGCUUACAUGAGUCCCCGUUAGCCAUAACCACCCACCUACUUUUAAGUUUAAAAGGUUCAUGCUCAACUGAGACAGCUUCGCCACACCGAAAAGGAAAAGACCCAACCGAACCACCACCACUGGCAAUGCUGCUACGAAUACCACCAGCGCCACCACCCGACCACCGUUAGCUGCACCACCACAACCACCAGAACUUAGAAAAAUGGCGCAGAAACUGAAACUAAAAGUGCUAACUUUGAUAACAAAGCUGUCGGACAGAGACACGUACAAGAUAGCAUCAACAGAAUUAGAAAAAAUAGCAGGAUCCUUGGAUAGCACGACACUUCCUACUUUCCUCUCUUGCAUUCUCUCCACCGACGCAAACGACAAGCCGUUAGUACGCAAACAGUGCCUUCACCUUCUCUCUACUCUCUCUGCUCUCUACUCUAAUUCUCUCUCAAACUCUCUCCCUAAAAUCCUCUCUUACAUUACUCGCCGUCUCCGUGACCCUGACUCCUCUGUCAUCCGCUCACAGUGUCUGACAGCAAUAACCUCUCUCGCUUCCAAUGUCACGAAACUGCCAUUCUCGACUGCCUUUUUGAAGCAGUUGAGUGAAUCGGUGUUUACGGAGCAGGAAUUGAAUGCGCAGAUUGGAUCCGCGCUGUGUCUGGCCGCCGCGAUCGAUGCGGCGCCGGAUCCGGAACCGGGGAGGUUAGGGAAGGUGCUGGUGCCGAGAAUGGAGAGGUUGGUGAGGAGUGAAGGGUAUAAAGCGAGAUUUGCGGGACUGGUGGUUGUAGGGAGUGUGAUUGGUGUUGGUGGAGCGAGAGGGAUUGGAGGAGGGAUUGGAGGUUUGGUUAAGUGUUUGGUUGGAUUUUUGAGUAGUGAGGAUUGGAAUUCGAGGAAAGCCGCGGCCGAGGCGUUGAGGAAGUUGGCUGUUGUGGAGAGGGAUGGUGUUGCUGAGUUUAAGAGUGAGUGCUUGAAAGUUUUCGAGAAUCGGAGAUUUGACAAGGUGAAGGCUGCAAGGGAAGUGAUGAAUGAGACAAUAGAGGCAUGGAAGCAGGUUCCGGAUGUGUCAGAGGAGGCAUCUCCGCCUCCUCGAUCACUGGCUUCUUCCAGAGAAGAUGCGAGUGAUAAGCGUCACUGGUCUGGAUCCAAGAAUUCUUGCGCUGCUGGUUCCGAAGCCACUCAAAUGGGGAAAAAAUCCAUUUUGGCUUUGAGGACUACUCCACCUGACGGUUCAUUAGCAGCCACGGCUAGGAAGAGGAGUCCUCUAAAGAGUACCGAGAAGAAAACAAGUCUAGCAAUGUACGGGAAAGUGGACCAGAAGAAGCUCGUGGACUGGAAAGUUGAGAUUUCAGUUCCUAAUAGUAUUUCGUCAACUGCAGCUGGGGAAAAUGAUCGUAAUGAGAAAAAUGCUAAUGUUUCAGAAAGAAGGCUUGCAAAGCCAGAAACAAAACGAGCCCUUUUCAGUAAGAACUCUGAUGAGAAGACGCUUAAAUUUGGUGGUUUCAAGUCUGGUUCUCGAGUGGCUCCUUGUUACGAGGAGAGCCCUCAGUCUACUGUUGUAGCUAGCAGUGGGACAGAGAAUCAACAUAGCAACCACAAGGAGCCUGAGGAUUUAUCUUUAAUUCGCAACCAGCUUGUUCAGAUUGAAAGACAGCAAUCUAGCCUACUAGAUCUCCUGCAGAGUUUCAUUGGGAGCUCACAAAAUGGGAUGCGUUCCCUUGAAACACGUGUGCAUGGCCUAGAGUUGGCACUGGAUGAGAUAUCAUAUGAUUUGGCUGUAUCAAGUCGAGGGAUGACUAACAGAGAUUCCAACAGAACCACAUGUUGUUUACUACCUGGUGCAGACUUUUUGAGCUCCAAGUUCUGGAGGAAAACAGAUGGCCUCUAUUCAAACUCAAGGAUUUCUUCAUCCAGGGGUACUUCAUUAUCAGCUGCUGUGCGCCAUAGAGCUGAUAGGAAUGGCCAAUCUGAAACAAGUAACUUGGGGAACCAAAGGUUGCGGCUUCAGGGUGGUGCUGGCUUCAUUGUGAAUCCCCUGGCAGAGAUUCAUGGUGGCGCACGGGUGAACUCAGAGGUGACACAACACUAGCCAAGGAUCAGCAGUUUGCGGAUUCGCUGCAUAACUGGGAUGGCCCAGUUCUUGUGAAAUCUCCAUUUUGGAAGAAACCAGUAAAUGAAGAAGGAAAAUUCAAAGACUAUCUGUAAGACAGUGUGCUGUCCGCUCAUGAAGUUUCUCAUCACAAGUUGCAACAUAAACAGUUCCCUUAUACAGCUUGCCCAGGAGAGCUUCUCAAUUCUAUAGCCCUUUGCAGUAACAAGAGUGAAAAGACAGUCAUUUUAUCCAUAAUUCUUCAUUUUACUGUAGCAUUUUCCCCCCUUCUGUAUCGAGCAUUUUAAAUCCUGACAUGAUGUUGAGAGAUAGAGAGGUAUUCUGAAGACUGUGUGAACAUUCCACCACCAAAUAUGCCCCCAGCCUGGUAUACAGUGUUGGAUUUGUAUAGCUAUUAUUGUUUCCAAAGGAAUGGUUUCAAUUUCUGUUGUUGUUCUAGCUGAUUAUCCUUACCCAAUAAAUGGUAUUGAUAAUAUGGACC